UGAGAUCCGGCGAGCAAUCCAACUGCCUUUCAGCAUGACAGUGUGACAUGUGUAGCCUGACAAAGUGGGUGUUUGUGCACAGUUGCUAGCUUGCAGGCCAUCUGAAGUCCUUAGGGGAACAGGUGCAUAGAGCAAAUCGAGCUGUAUGGUUUGCCUUGUGUUAAUCAAAUGAUUGAGGUGUUUUUCUAAGACUCUUUAAGGAAGCAGACAAGGACAACUUAAUUUUUAGCACUGAUAGAUUCGACAAAUGGUAUCGCUUCUAAAAACAGCCGCUUGGGCAGACUUCGGGGGAUCUCCAAAGCCGACCUAAAUCUUAAACCGCGAUGCAAGGACUGCAUUCUGGACUUUAGUGACAUCCCAUCACUGCCAGAAUCAGCGAUUCCUCAUGUCAUAUGUGGAUGACGGCAGAAGCCAUAGUUUCUGCUGUCGGACUGAGGAGUUUCCAUUGAAAUCUCAAACGGCGUGGGAUGGUGUCUGUGCUGUGAUCGAGGUGACCCAGGCCUACAGAGCUCCACUGCACCUAGACUGAAACCUAGACUGGACCUAGCAGGAUUUUGUUAGAUGCCCGGCCACUGAGGGGCACCAUUGAGAGCAGGAGCGAGAAGCAGGGGCGCAGUACCGGCGUGAUGGAGGCCACGGUUCUGGAGGCCACGGUUCUGGAGUCUAAGGCUGUGCGGAUCGCCCGCUAUAAGGCGGAGCGGCGGAGGCAGCUGGCGGAACAGUACGGCGUCAUUGAGGAGCUGCCGCCCAAGCACGUGAGGAGGGAAGCCGGCGAGGUCCUGGAGACGCCCUCCACUGGCUUGGGGCUCACUGGAACUGACGGCCCAGACAGGCUCGAUGGGGGCAGAGCUACUCUGGAUGAUUCAGCACCCCCGGGAGAGGAAUCAUACAGCCCAAACAUUUCCAAUGGAAACCAUACCAUUGGGGGAGUGGCUAGCAGGGAGGUGUCUGAUGGCUCCAGUGGCCCGCAUGACAGUAGGCACCGCUCGGCGGACCCCCUGGCCGGUCACGCCUGCCACGUGCCGCAGCUGCAGACGCGGGUGUCCGUGGGCCACCUGAAGAGCACGCUGAUGCAGCAGACCCGCGGCAGGAUCCCGGGCCACAGCAUCAGCGCGGAUGGCGGGUGUGUCUCCUCCUCCCUUGACCUGGCCGUGAAGCCCGGGUCCGAGGGAAGGCGGCGUCCUCGGCGGUACCUCCCAGAGGGCGACGGUGUGGGCCGCAAGACCAGCGAACGCUUCCGGACCCAGCCGGUCACGGCCGACGAGAUGCAGGACAGCGGCGGCUCUUUGGAGAUCGAGAAACUAGAUAAGAUGGGAGCCGAUGUGAAAUCUGAUGACAAAGCCGAGAUGAGUGUCGCUGCCAAGAUGUCUCUGUUUAAAGAGCUGGAGAAGACGGCCGAUGCCGGGAGCACCUUCAUUCCGCGGCCUCGCUCCAGCAGUGGUGUUAAGGAGCGCCGGGCUCGCCGUGCCGCCGGACAGAGGGCGCUGACGCAGCUGGUCACCGGUGCCGAUGUGGCAGAGGCCGGCAGUCUCUCCAAGGCUGCAGCCCUGGAAGGUGUCGCAAGCAAGGGGGCCAGUCAGGAAGAGCGGCCGCCUGAAGAAGCAGACGAAAGCUGCAAGCUCUCCAUGAGCGAGAAACUGGCCCUUUUCACCAAGCUGGCCCAGCCAGCAGACAAGGCCAGCACUGCACCCGAGGCGCCGGAGAGGCGGCGCCAGAAGGGGACGCGAUACCGCACGCAGCCCAUCACCCUCGACGAGGUCGACCUGCUUCAGAAAGGACCCUUUAGGUUGCCUCCCCUGCACCUUUCCAGCCAGCUCUCUGAUAGGCAGCAGGCCCUGUCCAUCAACCUGAAGCCCAGUGAGAUUUGUGAACAUUUGCCCCCAGCCAGCGAGCAACCUGAAGAGCCCUCCCCACCGUUGGAGGAAUCCUUAAAGCAUCAGGAGUCAGAGUCACUGGAAAUAAAGGGAAUCUUGAAAAAAAUUGGGGAGACUGCAUCCUCCGUCUGUUGCGUAGCUGUCCAAGAACAGUUGGAGGCAGAAGCUGAAAUCAACCAGCAGAGGGUGCCAGACAUGUCGACGCAGGAUCGAGGAACAGAGGAAUCGAAGGAAGAGAGAGCAGGGCAGGGUGCAGGAAAUGGGGCUGGAACUCACACUGCCCUAAGGGACAGUGGAAAAGGGUUAACAAAUACCACUGCAUCAGCAUCUGCUGCGCCCUGGAGGCAGAGGGGAGGAUCUGCAGUUUCCAGUUCAAGGGAACAUGUGAAAACCACCUUGUCCAGUCAGAGGGAAGUGAACAAUAAUAUUGAAAGCAGCCCAAGGGACUCUGACAGAGACAGGCUGACAGACCGUAAGGAAGGGGAACUGAAAGAGGGUGGCGUCGACAAACAGGCCCACCCAUCUCUGAUUCAACGCUGCCUGGAGGCUGAGUGCGCCCGGGCGCAGAAGGCUGACAGUGAUAUUGCCAGCGAUUCCCCUGGCUCCACCCUUUGCUGGGAACCUGUCCUCUCCUCCGUCUUCACACCCGCUAACAGCACAUUGCAGUAUGUUAUCCGUUACAACGAGACCACCCACUCCUACGAGGCCCAGGAGGUGACCUCUGCAGAUCCGAAAGAGUCCUGCGCUUCCUUGGGGUCAAAGGUCCCUCUAGCUGACGUGUCCAUGUUGGAGUUUGCACAUGGCCUUCAGGAGCAAGAGGAGCAUCGCAGGAUCAAAGCUACUGGGCACCUGGAGUCCUCUGUCCGGGUCACCGCAGAGACCAUGAAGGAAGUGAUGACUUUGGACAGUCAGGAGACCUUUGGCUGCUUCUACAGUGCCGUGACCACAUCCUCCAUGAGCUCCAGUGUCUCUGUCAGCAACGAGCAAGACUUUGGUGCCAUCUUUCAGUCCGACAUGCCAAAGCUGAGAUCUGCAGUGGCAGAGCACAAGCGGUCCGUGCGUCCAAACCGGAAGACCCAGGCAUCCCGGAACCCCCUGCGGGCUCUGGCAGCGCGGGACGAUGUCCGGCAGGAGUACACGGAACAGCGGAUCUCCGCGGUUACCCUGGAGACGGAGCGGGUGCAAGUGAACAACACAUCACUGUCAUCACUAGCAGGCCAAUCUGGUGAGGAAAACUUCAGUCUACAAUCAGGCAACAUCAGUCUACAAAGAACCAACUCUUCUGAGUCCGGCAAUGGCACCCUCCCAUUCAGUGAACUAAUGCUUAUCCACAUAAAAGGGCGACGGCACGUCCAGGUGCGGCUAGUAGAGCCGGCAGCGCGAACCCUGAACAGUGGCGAUUGCUUUCUGCUUGUGACACCUACACAAUGCUACCUAUGGAACGGCAAGUCUGCCAAUGUCGCCGAGAGAGCCAAGGCCUCGGAAAUGGCGUCCCAUGUGCUGUCGAGGCGGGACUUGGGCUGCCGGGCGCCUCAGGUGACCGUCCUGGAGGAGGAGGUCGACUCGGACAGCAGCCUGGCCACAGAGUUUUGGAGCCUGCUGCAGGGCAGGGUGGAGUACAGAGGCGCAGGCCAGCCAGACGAGGACGAGGCCUAUGAAAGCGGGGUGGUGGAGUCCAACUGUGCGUACCGUCUGGUGACGGACCGGCUGGUCCCUGUGGAGGAGGCCUGGGCCUCCAUGCCCACUGUGUCCCUGCUCGGCGCCGCAGCGGUGCUCGUGUUUGACUUUGGCACCGAGGUGUACGUGUGGCACGGCAGCGAUGCCCCCCAGAGCGACAGGAAGCUGGCACUGCAGCUGGGCAGGCAGAUGUGGGGGGGAGGCUACGACUACAGCAACUGCAGGGUCAACCCCCUGGACCCCCUGAACUGCAGCCCGGGGAGCCGACGGCAGGGUGUGGGACGCCCCCCCUGGGCUCUGUUUGGGCUCCUGACUGAGCACCACGAGACGGUUCUCUUCAAGGAGAAAUUCCUGGACUGGGCAGAGCGGAACGACAGCAUGGAGGAGGAGAACGGGCAGACUGAUGAGCUGCGGCCUUGUGACGUAAAGGCCCUGCUGGUGGGCGGGGCCGGGAGUGGGCAGCAGGCCAGGGGGCGUGGCCUGCUGGCAACGGGGGCCGGCCAGCGGGUGGAGGCGGACGCCGUAGACGUCUGGCACGUCGGGGGGUCGGGCGAGCGGCUGCUGCUGCCAGAGGGUGCGGCUCAGCUCCACGAGGGGGACGCCUACGUGGUCGGCCGGAGGCGCUCUGUCUCCAGCGGAGCGGGCCCAAGCUGUGGGGCUUUUGGGACUGAGCACGGCGGCUGCUUCCUGUGGAGGGGCCGUCACUGCACUGGCAGGGGAACCUCUGCCCCGAAAGUCGCGGAGACAGACGACCAGAAGGGGGCGCCGGUGCUUGUUCUCCAGGGAACGGAGCCUCCAUCUUUCCUGCGGCUCUUCCAGGGAGGCCUGGUCAUCCACAGAGGGAGCCGCAAGGACAGUGCCGACAAAAGAGGUGGUUGGCGUUUGUUCUGUGCACGUGGCAACAUCGAACCCGAGGCCUCCCUGGUGGAGGUAGAGUGUUGCUGUGCUAGCCUGCGUUCCCGCAGUUCUCUUGUUCUGCUCUGUGCCCACCAGGGGGCGGUGUACUUGUGGCACGGCUGCAAGUCCCACAGCAUCACCCGAGAUGUAGCCAGGAGGGCUGUAGAGCGCCUCACGCAGGUUUGCCCCCCCGAGCUAGGUCUGAGCAGCAACAGCAGGGUGCGGGUGCAAGAAGUAGAAGAGGGGGCGGAGCCAGCUGAGUUUUGGCACGCCCUUGGGCAGCAGGACAGGAAGGCCUACGACUGCAUGCUCCAAGACCCCGGCAAGUACAACUUCAUACCGCGCCUGUUUCAUCUCAGUGCGUCCUCAGGCGUCUUCAAGGGGGAGGAGCUAUUAAGCCCCACCCAUGUGGGUGGGGCAGCUAUGGCCAUGCCCUUCCUGCAGGAGGUCCUGUACUCAGUGCCACAGCCAUCCCUCUUCCUUCUGGACAACAGCAUGGAGGUGUACCUGUGGCAAAGUGGGGGGGCGGGUGAAGUGGGUCGUGCCGGCUCAGUGCCCGUCCGCUGGGACGAGGAGCAGAAGUGUGCCAUGAAGACGGUGAUUCAGUACUGCAAAGAGCGCAACCCACAGCGGCCCCCGGAGGCGUACCUGAUUCAGGAGGGUUUAGAACCCAGUACCUUCACCAACAUCUUUCCCCAAUGGGAAAGGAAUCCGGGGCUGCAGGGGGAGGUGCCGCGUGGAAAGGUGAUGCUGGUGCGGGAUGCUUUAGCCAGGCUGAGCAAGUCCCAGUUCCUGGGGGAGGAGCCACCUGGUAGGACACAAGCCAAUGGAGUGGAUCCCCACCCAGUCCAAGACUUCCAGACGCCGUUGAAGGGGGGCCGGGAUGGAUUCGAUUCUCCCCAGAGCUGGAAGCCAACCCAGCAGAAGAAAAGCGAAGGCCUCUUUUGAAAAAGAGCCAAAAUAUACUGUUGUGGCAUAUGUCCGUAUAAAGAAAUAUUUAGCGUAGACGAGCACGCACUUUUGUAUCUUUUAUUCUUAGAGGAAGAGGCACAUUUUCUAGCUAACUAAGAAGGUUCGGGUGUACAGUGUAUAACUGAGACUUUGUUAUAAAGAGUCUCUUGUUUUUUUUGGCUUCUUUCACCACCCUUUUAUCAAGCUGAUUAUUUCUGGCAGUCGCUCGUGGUCGGUGAGUGUUUCCAAGCGGGGUCACUUGCACGGCCCUUGAGCUUAGAAUCAAGGUCCCCCAGUGGUUUAAAGCAGUGUUUCCUAAUCCAGUGCUUGUAGAGCCCAAGCCAGUUCACAUUUUCGCUCCCUCCCAGCUCCCGGCCAGACAGUCCACAUUUUUGCUCCCUUCCAUCUUUCAGCACACCUGUACCAGGUAUUCGGUGUCCUUGAUUGGCUGGGGGCUGGGAGGGAGCAAAAAUGUGAACUUUAAGUGGGUCCCCCAAGGCCGCGUAAACAUCUAGCUUCCUUUCUACCUUGUUUUCUGAACUGCUGCUCCACACACGUGGCCGUGGCAGAUGAUCCUGAAGUGAGAUGUCGUUAACAGACCCGCCAUCAGCAUGUUCUCAUCCCUAUGGAUCCUUUUAUCUCGUUAAACCCCCACGAACCUUAUUCGACACUCCCAAGGGAGAUUAAAAAUCUGUACCUUUUCAAAAAAAUUAUGUGUAAAUUUACAAGUUCAUUGACUUUGUAUGUAUGUAUGCAUUUCUGUGUAGCCCUAAUAGUUCAGAUUAACUGUAUGGUUAAUUUAUAUUUUACAGAUAUAAUAUAUUUGUAAAACUUAAGUUUUCAAAAUAAUCUCAUCAUUAAUAUAACCAAAUGGAAUGAAGUUGAUACAUGUGAAUUAAUAAAUGAAAUUUAUUUCCAUAACAAAUAUAUAUAACUAAAAAAUACAUAUUGUCAGAGCUCUACAUGUUGCAUUGAUGAUCCUGACAAUAGGGGGCAGCAGUGUGACCUCGAGUGCAGUUCCUGUCCUGGUUCUGUGUGUGUGCAGUCUCAGUCCAUUCCCUGUGGUGUUCUCAGCGCUCUCCAGUAUUUCAGCAGUAAGAGUGUGGUUUUAGUGAGCGCGUCCCGGAGUGCAGUGUUUCCCAACCUGGCCCUUGGGGACCCUAGACAGAGAAACAAUGUGGACUGUCUGGUAGGGAGCUGGGAGGGAGCGAAAAUGUGGACUGUCUGGCAAGGGAGCUGGGAGGGAGCGAAAAUGUGGACUGUCUGACAGAGAGCUGGGAGGGAGCGAAAAUGUGGACUGACUGGGGUGUCCAAGGACCAGGUUGGAAAACACUGCUGUACUGCACUGGUUCCCUGUCCUGGGGUGUGCUGUGCUUUCAAAGGUAGUCUGCAGGCUUGCUGUGACUGGCAGUAACUCAGCAGUUAUGGAAAAUGGAUGGAUGGAUGGACAAACAUGGAUUAAUUGAUCGACACACCAAUCUACGUAGUGUGGGCGUACCAAAAGUUUGCCAGGAUUAGAAAAGAGUGCUUUUCCAAUAUAAACAGGCUUUUCAACUUCGAUAACUGCUGCAAUUUCUUCUUAUGCAGCCUGUAUGUAAACAUCUCAUUUUGUUACAUAAGAGCUAGAAAAUCUCUUUUCCAUUGAACUGUCAAUCUCAGUGGAGCAUCCAAAGGAGAGGAGCGGUAAAUGCUUGUAUUUUGUAAGAAACAAUUUAAUCUGUACAAAUCAGUGGAAAGAGAGAAGCUGAGCAUCUCUAAGCAGGACAUCGUCAAUAAUAUUGAAGCAAUCAAAGAAGAAUAACAAGGUGUUCUUUCCAAUGUCACUUCAGUCGUGGCAGUGUGCCUCUGAUCUGAAUCACAGCGGGACGUAUCGAAAGGUACGUACAAGGCUGCCUGGGGUUUUAUCUGGUUGACCUUCUGGAAUGUAAAGCUUUGAGGCUGUGGACCGUGGUUAUGAGCGUUUCCCACAGCGGACGUCAUGCCUACUUCCGUCUCCUUAAUCAGUCUUUUUGCCUGCUGGUUGCAUUUGGAAUGACAGAGGCGUGAACAUCAGUCUCAUCCCACGACGAUUGUGAUGGCUGCUUCCUGCGUGUGCAGUAGAUCCCGUAAAAUCUGAUGCCGCCGGUGUAAUGGUCUGGUAACGGGCCUCCCCCCCCCCCUUUUUUUGCCGGGAUGAUCCUGGCAAAGACCCACCGUUCGUGACCUGGCCAUCCUGGACGCGUGACUCUGACUGGCAUGGUGACGGAUUUCUGUGACGUCUGUCAGAACAGCGUCAGCCAAAUGGAACUUCUAGAAAUUCUGGAUGCAAUGGGCCUGUUGUGGAUCACUGUAAGCUCCCUUCCGGACAAAACAACUAUGUUUAUAUACAUCAGGUCUCUCGUCUAUAAGCAGUUGGAAUCCCAGCAGCAGGCUGCUGAAUAAUUUGUGGCUGCUUUGGGAUAGAAGGUCAGAUUAGUGAUUUAUUUUCAAUAUAUUUUCACACCCCAAAUGUGGUAAGAGGGUAAACUGCCACAGAACCAACUAACCAUGGUUUGGUAGUCUGUGAUGCCAGGUUUGGUGUUAAUGUCGCAAAACCCAGGGGGAUCUGACUUGGGGUGGCUGGGAAUCGCCCUGGUUUUUAGGCUUUUAGGAAGCCAGAGUGUGGCAUUGUCAGUUAGACGCAAAGCAAGCUGGUGUUUGGUGACGCUCAACUGGAAACAGCUGUAUGUGAUGCCUCAGUACAGUGAUGGCUGUGGGAUAGGUAUCGCAGAGAUGUAUUACUGUAAAUAGAUAGGCAAUAAUGUGAUUCAAGCCAAUCUUAGUUCAUGUGCCGAAUAUACUAUAUAUACAAAGUGUGUGUGUGUGUGUGUAUGUGGACCAAAUGUUCCCCACAGUGUAAUUAAAACCUGACUAUUUUUUCAGGCCCCCACGAAGAUCUGUAAAUGCAAUCAAAAAACUCGUAUUUUGCGUGGUUACUUAUGGUUAAGGUUGGGUAGGGAUUAAGGUUGCCAUGUUGUAAUUAGAGUUUCCCCUUAGAAAUGAAUGGAGAGUCCCCACAAAGAUAUAAUUACAAACUUGUGUGUGUGUGUGUGUGUGUGUGUGUGUGUGCGCGCGGUGCAGAUCAGAUGGUGUGCUCCUGCUGUACAGCCUCCACUCCCAGCUGCAUGCAGUCAGUCUCAGACGCCAACGCCGCCUCCCGCAACGCCACCAUGUGACCCUCAGCCGUGUGCAACAAUUGGUCGAUCCAGUCCAGGUUGCCAGACAUGCGACAGGCAUGGCGGGUCACCAGUACCAGGUGGCUGACGGACAGGAAGAGGGCGGUGGCUCUGUGGGGGUGAGAUGCAACAGCGGCCGAGAAAAUCUGUCAUGAAUGAAAAUGAAUGAAUAUAACAAUAUCCUUUGAGAAUCGCUGCUUAUUCCCAGACCAAACCAAAUGGUCAUAUCUUCAGUACUACAAACAGAUUGUUUAAUAUGUAAAAUAGAAGUCCCACAGGAUUUUUAACAGAAGGAAUUAAAUUAAAGAUUUUAAAAUGUA